UUGGUAUCUUGUUUCCCCCCAGUUUAUCAAUCAAACUUUUGAAAAUGAUGGAUCCCAUAACACUGCAAAAGCAAAUUCGCGAUAACUCCACCGAUUUAGCUAAUUUUUGUUCGGAUCUAAAGCAAUGGGGAGAAGAAAUGAAAAAUAAGGACGAGGCUUUAAAAUGCGACACCGCUCCAGAUGAUCAGCUACUUGCUGCGAAUAAAUCCAAAACGAAAAAGAUUGAGCUGCUCGAGUCUAAUGCUGAAAAACCGAAAAAGAAAACGAAGAAACGAAUCAAAGCUUCCGACUAUGCAGCUUGGGAAAAGUUCGACGUAGAUGCAGAAUGUGCAAAAUUAGAUGUAAGCGAGAAAGAUAACGAUUUGGAUGGAGACUUAACAGAUGAAUACGAUGAGGAUUCCCACGAUCAGGCUGUAUACGAAAAGGAAAAAGGUAAUAACUUUGUUAAACAUCAUAAAUGGGAUCAAGCAAUUUUGUGUUAUACCAAAGCAAUCGAAUGCUAUGCAUAUGAUCCAAUCUUCUACGCUAAUCGUGCACUGUGCUAUUUGAAAAAGGAAAAUUAUAAACUGGCAGAAACAGAUUGUACCUCAGCAUUGCGUUUGGAUAAGUCUUAUGUUAAAGCAUAUCAACGUCGAGCGGCUGCACGUGAGGCACUGAAUCAGCUUACCGAAGCACACGAUGAUUUACUUAAAGUAUUUGAUUACGAACCAAAUAAUAAAGAAUCAAAAACCGCUCUAUCAAAGUUGGAGAAGAAACUCGAAAAUGUUAAUAAGAAACCUAUAAUCAAAUUGUCAACUGAUUUAAGACCAAAAUCAAAAUUUACUAUUUCCCAGCAAAAGAAACAUUCGUCUACAGUGGCCGGUGUCGAAAACACCUCCGCAGCUAACAAACCCACGACCGUACAGACAUACUGGAGUGGUGAAGAUGAUAUUGAGCUAAUUGAAGCUAUAAAUAAACCUCCUCAUCUCCGUUCAAAGAAACCUCUACGACGCAUAACAAUUCAAGAUGUCGAUGACGUUACUGACAAGGACACAAACUCCCCAUUACCCUGGCCUCGUCCAGGCAACGAUUCCACCUUAAUAAAAUGUGAUGACUUAAAAGUAGUCGAGAGGAAACUUGCACAACCACAUCAAGUUGAAACACAGAAAGCAAAGGUUGACGAUAAAGUCUCAAUUUCGAGUGAGUUCAAUAUGUCUGUUCCAUUAACGUCAAUUCAGUUUACCUCUGAUUGGCGACAGUUAGAAAAAUGCAAAGAAUUACAAUACCAGUAUUUAAAACAGAUUAAUCCCGAUAAGAUUCCGUCGUUAUUUAAAGAGUCUUUAGACUGCGACAUUUUCAGUGGAAUUAUUCACACAUUGGCGGAGAUGUUUGUGGAGAAUGGCGAUAAAUCUGUGUACUUGUACCUUUUAAAGCUGUCAGAAGUGAAACGUUUUUCGAUGUUGUCAAUGUUUAUGGGAGAUUCAGAUAAAAAAGAUUUGAUCAAGCUGGCCGAGUAUAUGAGAGCAACAGGUGUAGAUAGAGCUAAUCAAUUAAUGUCAAAAUAUGGUUUGUAAGUUCUUUUGUAUACCUAAUAAACAUUUUCAUUUA